CCUUCAAUUAAUCUUCCCUUUAUUAUUUCUUAGUACCUUACUCCAGUAGGACAACUAUGGCCAUGGUUUCAAGAAUGCCUAUAUUCCUUUGUAUCCUUGUCAUACUCAUAUCCAUAUCUCAAUCUAACGCCCAACCAGGAUUCUUAUACCACUUCUGUAUCAAUGACAAGGGUAAUUACAGUGCUAACAGCACCUACCAGAAUAACCUCAACACCCUUUUGUCCAACCUCUCUUCCAACACACAGAUUGACUAUGGCUUCUACAAUUUUUCUUAUGGCCAAGAAAGUGACAGAGUAAACGCAAUUGGGCUCUGCAGAGGAGAUUUUAAGCCAGAUGCUUGCCGCAGCUGUUUUAAUGAUUCCAAAGUGGUUCUCACGCAACUGUGUCCAAAUCAGAAGGAGGCAAUAGUGUGGUAUGACAAUUGCAUGUUACGCUACUCCAAUCGCUCAAUAUUUAACACCAUGGAAGCCUCACCUAGUGCCUACAUGUGGAACCCUGGUAACGCAACAGAUGUUGAUCAAUUCAAUCAAGUGCUGAGGACCUUGCUAUAUAGCCUCGUAAGCCAAGGUUCAUCAGGGGACUCCCGGCAUAAGUUUGCUGCAGCAAAUGUUUCAGGACCAAGCUUUCAAACUAUAUAUGGUCUUGUGCAGUGUACACCUGACUUGUCAGAACAAGAAUGCACUUCAUGCUUGGUUGAUGCUAUCUCAGAAAUUCCACGAUGUUGUGAUAGCAAGAAAGGUGGUAGAGUUAUGAGACCCAGCUGUAACUUCAGAUAUGAGACAUACCCCUUUUACACUCCUACCAAUGUCGCAAUACCACAAGCACCAGCACCAAAGGUGUCUGCUUUUCCUCCUUCAUCAACAGAUACAUUGUCCCCAGAAGGGAAGAGCAACACAUCUCUAAUUGUAAUAGCAAUAGUCGUGCCAAUCAUUGCCUUUGUCAUACUAGUAAUUCUUAUACUCAUCUAUUUAAGAAUGAGGAGGUCAAGGGAACACAUCGAAGUUGAACUUGAAAAUGAUGAUGAAAUUAGAUCAGCGGAGACAUUGCAAUUGGACUUCUCCACAAUCGUGGCUGCUACCAACAACUUUUCUGAUGCAAAUGAGCUAGGACAAGGAGGAUUUGGACCUGUUUAUAAGGGUACGCUCUCCAAUGGAAAGGAAGUUGCAGUCAAAAGGUUGUCUAGGAAUUCUCUCCAAGGUGACAUAGAGUUUAAGAAUGAAGUUCUAUUAGUAGCCAAGCUUCAGCACAGAAAUUUAGUUAAGCUACUAGGAUUUUGUUUGGAAAGAAGUGAAAGGCUACUGGUGUAUGAAUUUGUCCCCAAUAAAAGCCUUGAUUUCUUCAUAUUUGAUCAAAACAGACGAGCACAAUUGGAUUGGGAAAAGCGAUACAAAAUCAUAGGAGGCAUUGCUAGGGGCCUUGUAUACCUUCAUGAGGAUUCACGAUUGAGGAUUAUUCACCGUGAUCUCAAAGCAAGCAACAUUCUCUUGGAUGCAGAGAUGCAUCCUAAGAUAUCAGAUUUUGGUAUGGCAAGAUUAUUUGAAGUGGAUCAAACUCAGGGAAAUACAAGUAGAAUUGUUGGAACCUUUGGAUAUAUGGCACCAGAGUAUGCAAUGCAUGGACAAUUCUCAGUGAAAUCUGAUGUUUUUAGUUUUGGUGUGCUGAUUCUCGAGAUUGUAAGUGGCCAGAAAAACAGUUGGGUAUGUAAAGGGGAGAAUGCAGGGGAUCUACUAACCUUUACAUGGCAAAACUGGAGGGGAGGGACAGCCUCAAACAUUGUUGAUCCCACAAUUACUGAUGGUUCGAGAAAUGAAAUAAUGAGAUGUAUCCACAUUGCGUUGCUUUGUGUUCAGGAAAAUGUGGCUGAUAGACCAACCAUGGCUUCUGUUGUACUUAUGCUUAACAGCUACUCUGUUACGCUUCCAUUGCCCUCACAGCCUGCUUUCUUCAUUGAUAGUAGAAGUUUUCCAGCCAUUCAAUCAGAAGAGUAUAAUCCAAUGGCAGCAGGAGCAUCAGAUGAAUCAAAUGCUCGAUCUGUCCAAGAAUCAAUAAACGAGGCUUCCAUUACUGAGCCAUUUCCUCGCUAGAGUUUACUGAAAAAAGUGUCACCUUCAGACUUAUAGUCACCAAUUUUUGAUUUCUUAUUUCUCUUUUUAACUGUACCCAAUACCCAUAAUAAACUUGAUUUAAGAUUCUCUUUUUUAA